UCCACUCCACUCCCUACACAAACCAAACCAUCCCUCGUGAACUUUGCAGAAAUGGUGUUAGCACGCGCUCUGUUCCCAAAUCGUUUCUGUUCUUCCCCUUCUUCUAUCACCACGUUUCAUGCACACCCUCUCAAGCUUCCACACUCCCUUCAACUCCCAUCUCAUUCACCUUCAACUCAACUCGAAGCUCAGUGCUCGUUCUCCAUCUUCCAAUGCCGCUUCAGCACCUCCUACGCAAACCCUGAAGCUGGAUUCGGGAUGCGUAUCUCUUUGUUUCAAGAAAUGGGUAUUGGUUUUGAUGAAACCCAAGUGCUCCUGCUCAAUAACCCUGACCUUUCAUUGUUACCAUUGGACUCAUUGCGUGCUCGGAUUCUUUCUUUGCAGUCUCUGGGAUUGGAUCGUGUUGCCAUGAAUCAAUUGGUUUCAAAGCGACCAUCUGUUAUAGCAGCAAAAGAACUUGAACCCCUUUUAAGCUUUUUGAGAUAUGGGUUACAGGGACAGCUUGAGCAAGCACAGGUUACGCGUCUUCUGUCGGCGGCUGAACCUAGAUUAUUGGUGGGUUUUCCUCAUAAGGUUCAGUUGCUGAUUGAUAGAGGAGUUCCUGUUGAUAAGAUUGUCCAUGUGCUUAACAAUGUGAGUUUGCCAAAGGCAUUGUGUAAUAGGUCAUUGGAUGAAAUUGGCAAAAUGCUAAGUUUCCUUGAACCCUUUGGUGGUGUUAGUCUGAUUUUGAAGCGCCCGGCGAUUCUCAAUUUUGAUUUGGAUAAUCAGCUGAUUCCGAGAGUCCAAGUCCUGAGAAAGAUUAGUGGAGGAGAUGAGGAUGGUGUUAGUAAAGUGCUGUAUAAGUUCCCUACAAUUUUGAGUUAUAGUGGGGAGCAUGUCAUGGGACAUGCUAGGUUCCUGAGGGAUUUUGCAGGCCUUGAGGACAGUCAGAUAUUUAGGAUAAUAACAGUGUUUCCGGCUAUCAUUACAGCUAGCAGGGAGAGGAAACUGCAUCCUAGGAUACGAUUUCUCAAGGAAUGUGGGUUAGAUUCUGCGGAGAUCUUUAAGUUCUUGAGUAAAGCACCCACUUUUCUAGCACAUUCAUGGCAUGAGAACAUUGCCUACAAACUUGUGCUUCUGGUCAAGAUUGGAUAUAAACACAGGACAAAGGACUUGGCAACGGCAAUGGCGUCUACUACUAGGACAAGCUGUGAGAACAUGCAGAAGGUGGUGAGUCUAUUCCUGAAUUUUGGGUUUUCAUGUGAAGACAUUUUUGCUAUGAGCAAGAAGCAGCCACAAAUACUGCAGUAUAAUCACACUUCUCUAGAGAAGAAGAUGAAUUAUUUGAUUGAGGAGAUGAACCGUGACAUUGAGGAGUUACUGGUUUUUCCAGCAUUUCUUGGUUACAACUUUGAUAGCAGAAUUAAGCAUAGGUUUGAAGAAAAGAAGGGUGUAAGGGGGGAAGGAAUGUCUCUCAAUAAGCUUUUAACUGUUUCAAGUGAUACUUACACCACCGGCAAACGGAAAAAGGUCUCUGCCAUAGGAUCUGAAUUGAAAUAAAGCUGAACAAGUUAAUCUGUUUCCCUUUUCCUUCUGUGUUAGUUUUGCUGCCGCUAGUUGUUUUGUUUUAGACCUUGUGCCUCGAGGCCUUUUCCAAGAAACAUAACUGGAUAGAGUAAUUCUUAGGUGAAAUUUUUUAUGGGAGACAGACUACAAUCAGGAACAAACAUCGGCACUUGUGGCGAAAGAAGCAAUGUUGUUUUGGAAGUAACAUUUUUCUAGUGCAAAAUGUCAUAUAUUUCAGUAGCAACUGCUGCGUUGAUUAGCUUAUUGUGCCCUACAAACCACAGAUUGAUUUGCUUGAAGCUGUGAAGAUAUUGAGAAUUGAUUUCCUUCAAGCAGUGAGGGUAUUGAUUCUAUUUUAUCCAAACGAUGCAAGGAUGUUUCUUGCACAGUCCAAUUAUAUGAUUUUGUAGCUUUGUAGAAAGAUAUCUGUUGUUGAAAAAGCCUAAACUUACAUGGUUCUAAAUAGGUCAUAGCGACCAGAAUUUGGCUAUCA